AUGUCAGAAAAUGUCCAUAGUAACUGCAGCGAUUGCGAUGAAACAGAACAAACAUCUGGAACAUUGCUCAGCGAAGAACUUGCGUACACAAUUCAUCAAUCAUUUCAGUACGUGCUGCUUCCCUGUUUCAGCUUGUUGGGCAUCGCCGGCAAUGUGACCAGCAUUGUUUUAUUGACUCGACAGGGAUUUCGGAAAUGUUCCAAUAUACUUCUCUUGGCUUUGGCUGUCUCUGAUAUUUUAUUUCUCAUAGGCGUAAACAACUUUCCUCUGUAUGUAUACAAUAACAGUGUCCCACCAGGAUUUCAGUUUUCUGCGCCUGUCAACUAUAUCUUUUACAUAAUGUGGCUGGCGUUUAUGUGUGCUCGUACUAUUGGAAUUCAGACAGCAAUGUGCAUCCCAGUUCUGAUAACGGGAGAACGUAUCUUAGCUAUUUUGUGCCCACUAAAAGUCUAUUUCAUUAUCACUCGCCGGCGCACAGUAAUUACAGUUUCCAUUUUAUAUGCUUUAAAUGGCGUGUAUUUUAUUUACCGUUUAAUUUUAAGUCUACAGUUGAAACAUUUUAUAGUACAAGGCAUCAGUCUUAGUAGAAUUGUUUACACUGACUUAUACAGAUAUGCUGUUGAAAGUGGAUUAUAUGGAUUAUUAGAACAUAUAGUCAAUUACGUGACAGGAAUAAUCCCAAUAUGUCUCGUAACAAUCGGCUGUGUUAUUAUUGGCACCCAGAUAACAGUAGUAACCAACAAACGUAAAACGCUCACUUUACGUCAAGCAAAAUCAACAAACAAACACUUGAUAUCAAAGACGACGAAAACUUUAUUUAGCAUCUGUGUCCUGUACAUUUUCUGCAGUGGCUUUGCGUUUGCAAUUGGAUACUUGGCAACUUUUACACAGGUAGCCCAGGAUCUGCCGCUGACGGAUUUGUUGGGAUCUGUAGAGGACCUGCUACUGUGUAUCAACUGCAUCGGCGAUUUUGUUAUUUAUGUUGGGGCUAAUAAUAGAUUUAGGAAAUCACGUAAAUUUAGAUUUUGA